AGCAAGCUUUGGCAAAUUGACAAGCGAAGUUGGACGCUCAUGCACGCACCUACCUCACACGCCCUCUUCGUAAUUCUCAACUCCUUUCCAACCACCACGCCUCCAAUUCCCUUUUGUUUUUUUCGCACUAUACCAGACAGACUGCUUUCAUCGCCCCUCGGCGGACUUUCCCACGCUUUCCCAACACUCUCCCUAUAAGGCUAUAACCCCCCACCCCACCUAACCCGAUCGCCCCUCUUCAAACUCUUCGCCUUUCUGAAAGAAAAAAAUGGCCUUAGCUUCCCAAGCUACCAACACUAGUCUCCUCCAAAACUCCUUCAUUCCCUCCAAGCCCCUACCAAAGCCUCAAAAUUCCAUUCCUAUCCCUCCCUUCACACCCCACAAAGCUCGGCACCCAACCACCGUCCGGUGCUCCGUGGCGGUUGCUCCGUCGUCCGUGAAAGCGUCGAGAGAGCAUGCGGUGAGGUCGGUGAAGGCGCGCCAGAUCGUAGACAGCAGAGGCAAUCCGACGGUGGAGGUCGAUCUGAUCACCGACGCUCUCUACCGAUCGGCGGUUCCCAGUGGGGCCUCCACGGGGAUCUACGAGGCCCUCGAGCUCCGAGACGGCGAUAAGAGCGUUUUUGGAGGCAAAGGCGUCCUCAAUGCCGUCAAGAACAUUAACGAAAUCCUCGCUCCAAAGCUCGUCGGCGUCGAUGUCCGGAACCAAGCUGAUGUGGAUGCUAUUAUGCUGGAAAUUGAUGGAACUCCAAACAAGUCAAAAUUAGGUGCUAAUGCAUUAUUGGGAGUAUCCCUAAGUGUGUGCAGAGCAGGUGCAGGAGCAAAGGGGGUGCCCUUAUACAAGCACAUCCAGGAACUAUCCGGAACAAAGGAGCUUGUUAUGCCAGUUCCAGCUUUUAAUGUUAUAAAUGGAGGCAGCCACGCUGGAAACAGUCUGGCCAUGCAAGAAUUUAUGAUAUUACCAGUAGGUGCGAGCUCAUUUGCUGAGGCAUUCCGCAUGGGUAGUGAAGUUUAUCAUAUACUGAAGGGAAUAAUUAAGGCCAAAUAUGGGCAAGAUGCUUGCAAUGUGGGAGAUGAGGGGGGAUUUGCUCCCAAUGUUCAAGAUAACAGGGAGGGCCUGGUGUUACUCAUGGAUGCCAUUGAAAAGGCUGGUUACACUGGCAAGAUUAAAAUUGGAAUGGAUGUUGCGGCAUCGGAGUUUUUCACUAAAGAUGGGAAAUAUGAUCUAGACUUCAAGAAACAACCAAAUGAUGGAGCUCAUGUGCACUCAGCUCAGAGCCUUUCCAAACUCUACAAGGAGUUUGUUAAAGAAUUUCCUAUCGUGUCCAUUGAAGAUCCCUUCGAUCAAGAUGAUUGGAGCUCAUGGGCUUCACUACAGUCUUCAGUUGACAUUCAACUCGUAGGAGAUGAUUUGUUGGUCACAAAUCCAAAGAGAAUAGCUGAAGCCAUUCAAAAAAAGGCUUGCAAUGGCUUACUUCUAAAGGUUAACCAGAUUGGUACAGUGACUGAAUCUGUUCGGGCAGCACUUGACUCUAAAGCUGCAGGUUGGGGUGUCAUGGUCAGCCACCGGAGUGGUGAAACUGAGGAUAACUUUAUUGCUGACCUUUCUGUUGGCUUGGCUAGUGGACAGAUCAAAACCGGAGCUCCAUGCCGAAGUGAGCGGUUGGCCAAGUAUAAUCAGCUUCUCCGCAUUGAAGAGGAACUUGGAAAUGUGCGUUAUGCUGGUGAAGCUUUCAGAUCACCUUAGGGAGAAGAAAGAGCCAUUUCUCAAUCUCCCAACCUUUUUCUUCUGCAAUAAUAAGGUAGUGGAUCAAAGUCAAAGUGGGGAUGCCAUUUAAAAGUCUUGGAGACAAAUUUUUGGUUGAGCCUAUCAGCUUAUUUAAAAAAGCAUUAGCUGAUCAAUUAUAUUACAUUCUGAAUUGAAACUAUAGUUGUGUGUGAGUGAAUAACAAACAAGGUUGUGCUGUUUUUUAAGCAUCUAUUGAAAUGUUUUGUCAUGCU